UCUUCAUGCGGUCGAUCAUUGUCAACUUCGUCAUCAUCAUCGUCGUCGCCACCACCGCCGCCACCGCCGCCGUCCCCUUCGCGCGUUGGGCUCCUGCUCUAGGUUAGCCAGUGAAUCAUCUUCAACGACCCCCUCCUCUGGGAUCCGGGCAGAAGACUCUUAAGGGGGCUCACGGCGCAGCGAGAAGCCAGUCCGAGAACGCGACCCUAACACUAACAUCCGGUGUAUUCCGAACAGAAAGAGAGAGAGAGAGAGAGAGGGAGAGAUAAAGCUAAAAAGAGAGAAAGAGAGGGAAGAGAAUCGGAAACGGAAACGACUGACUGCUUGAUCGCCGCACUGCCAACACAGUAAUCGGCACGCUAACAUGAAGAUCAUCCUGUUGCUCUUCGUCGUCGCGGUCUUCGCUUCAGCCCAGAGGAUCACAACGAUUCAGCUGGAUGGCAUACAGUACUUUGUGUCGCGAAUGAAUCCCUAUAGCCCGGAAUUAAAUUACUUCCUGGCGUAUCAGUAUUGCCGCUCUCUGGGCCUCCAGUUGGCGUCUUUCGAAACGAAAGAGAAGGCCGACACGAUGACGCAAUACCUGAAGAACGCCGGUUACACGAAAUACGACUUUUGGACCUCCGGCAACAAGCUAGGCACCGACAUGUUUUUAUGGAUGAGCACGGGUCUACCAUUUAACGUCACCUUCGACUACAUGCUGAAGCGACCUGGCAACAGACCCGCGGACGUACCACCCGGCACCGAACCCCAAAGAGUGGCGCGCGAAAGCGGCGACAGCGGCAGCGCGGAUGGAUGCGUCGCGAUGGUGGCACCUACGUUAGCCUGGGAGGCGCAGGAUUGCACUCUCGUGAAGGACUUUAUCUGCGAGCAAACACGAUGCUACUACUACAACUACGGCAGCAUUCCAGUCUCCGCGACUCAGGGAAAUCAUAGGCCCUACAUCACGACCACCUCGGUGCCAGCCAGCGACGACCAAGCGAGUGAUCAUGGAAUCGACGGCGCCAACAUCGACGAUCACCACGAUUCGGGUAUCGACGCCGAGAACGAGCGGGAAGCGACAUCAUCGGAAGCGGACACGUCCGUGGGCGAGAAACUGUCAGAGGACCCGGUCGUCAGCAGGCUAAUUACCACGGCCGCUCCCGCAUCUGGCAAUCAGUAUCAUCAACAGCAGCAUCAGCACACGGGAACGACGGCAUCGGCGACGUCGCUGUUCGACGACGGUAACGAGCGCGAGCGCACACCCGUCGUCGGGAACCUGGACGACAUCAGACCGGACGACAUCCCGGACAUCGCGAGCCUGUUCACCGGGCACGUCGCCGUGGCGUCUCAGGCGCGCAAGGACAGCGUCUUCGACGGUCUCGAGACUCGCGAGGUCCUGCGGCCGUCGGCCUCCCGUCCCGUCGUAUCCUCCGCCUCCUCCUCCUUCUCGUCGGAGAUGAAGAUGGAGCAUCGCGAGUCCCCCGAUUACGGCGACCUGACCGCGGAGACUGAAUUGCCGAACAACGGUCUCGAGGACGCCCACACGAUUGGUCCGUACGACAGCGUACAGGACUACGUCAAUGAUCAACCGGCGGACACGGCGUCGUCGUUGUCGUCGUCGUCGUCGUCGUCGGCGGCGGCGGCGGCGGCGUCGGCGUCGGCGGCGGAUUCGGCGAUGAUGAAGGACCAGGACGACGACAGUAGCACGAUCCUGCCAGAGGCGGAACCGGCCUACAGGUACAACAUCAAAGUGCGCACCAACGGCAAAGUAUUAGACCCUCCGUCCAAGUAACGCUUUACUUCCUCCUAGGCAACGUCGCGUUAUUUCGUUUUAUAAGUGGCAGAAAAAGAAAAACACGCAAAUCGAUAUUUUUUGAGGAACUUAGGUACAUACGUAUAUGUAUAUCAGAGUGCGUUUUGCACACGUGACACGUGCGAGCUCUGUCACCCGUUCGCCGUUUAGCUCUAACUUUUAAGGCGUAUCCGAUAUAAUGCUCGAUAGUUUCGAAUUAGAGAGGAACCUACUAUUAUCAGCUUUCUCGGUCGGCGGCAGGCAGAAAUGAUUGUUUCGAACCGUCCGUUAAAAUUUCGGUGUUUGAAAUGUAUACAUGAACGAGGCGAACGCCGCGGCUCUGAAAUGAUAUUGUCAAAGGUUGAUCGAAAAAGAAAGCCCAAUCGAGAAGACGAAUAUUAUUCUCCUGCCGACGUUACUCGACAAGCUGACACACUUUCGCAAGGGCAUUUACUCGAUUACUCAGCUCUCAUAUCUUAUCACCGAUGACGCCGGCGGAUUAUCGUUGUCAUCGCAUUAUUUAAUCUUCUCUCAUUUAUCUCGUUUAUUCACAAUUAAUAACGGAUUUUAAAAUAGGAUGAAUAACAAAUAAAACAAAAAAGUUUUUAUAUGAAUUAAAUUAGAUUUCUCCGCUAGUGUUUUAUAUGUAUCUUCAUAAAAGUGAUAAUCAUCAUCAUCAUAGUUAACAUAUCUAUACGUCUGCAAGACGGAACAUUCGACAUCCAAACGAUUCUCGAAAUAUCUUGGAAUGCGCGAUGGAUGUUAAAGAGAUCACCCAGAGUCGAUUGUAAAUGUUUCGGUCAUCCAGACGUAUGACGAUCGGAGUAUGUAGUUUCAUCAACAAAAAAACGUUACUCUCUCUAGCUACUACGUACGGUAAGUCACUUCCAUAUUAAUUCUGUGUACAACGGCGCGAAUGUGCGACUUGUGUAACUAAACUUUAAUAAAGAUACGAUUACAAUCUUAUAUGGUAUCACGCGUCUGCAUUCGCAGUUUCCUCUUAUAUCAUUCUAUCUUUAAGUUAGUAAAGUUAGAAAGUUUUAUGCUAAAACUAGGCUAGAAGCUAGGCAUGUCUUCAUUCAGAGCUUUCGUUCAAUAAAAAAGCGGUUUG